AUGGCGGACACAACAUGUGCUGAUAACGCAAGCGACUCCUCGCACGAUAUCGUCAAGCGAAUACAAAGCCACUUCGAUGCAUUCUGGAGGGUAAGCUGCUUCAAACUGCUUCACCACUGCCUCCAACUCCUACAAAACGCACAUUACUCACCUACUCCUAUCAAGCGAACCGACAGCCGCCCAGCACCCACAACCACCCGAGCAAGGCACCAGUGCAAACCUGCCGUUCCAUCCCGCCGCCGGCACACUGCACAACGACCCCACGCUCCCAAAUCGCACCGCCAGACUAGCCACCAACCGCAGAGCUACUCACCGACACAGAGACGGCCUGAUGGACCCAGACUCGUUACAGGGCUAUGCUACUCGAUGGCAGACAAGGCACAAGCGAGUGGAAGACAUGGGAGCUGGAGAUGCACAGACAUGGGCACAACUCAAAGUUUCACCCACAGGUUCCCGAGCCUAGGACCGCUGUCCUCUUGA